AUGCAGAAUCACAACCCUGACAACAUCCUCAAAUACCAUCAAGUCGGUUCUUAUCAACUUGUAACCUCCUCAGCAUCAAAGAAUACUGUUAAUUCAACAGUUGGAGGUAUCGGAUUUCUACUUUCAUCAAAAGCUAGUGAUACUCUCUUGAGUAUAGAGUCAAUCUCACCUAGAAUUAUGGUGCUUGAGAUAGAUGGAAACCCAAAAACAACAUUGGUAUGUGUGUAUAGCCCACAUAAUUCGUCUGUGGCAGACGAGAUUGAAAAUUUUUAUACAACCCUUCGUUCAACCAUUGAGCAAGUACCUCUCCAUAAUUUUCUAGUUAUAGCUGGUGAUCUGAAUGCUAGACUAGGACCCGAUGAGACCAAGUUUACUUUCAACUCUAAAACUAAUCGGAACGGAGAAAUGCUCAAAGACUUCUUGGAGGAAUUUAAUCUCUACACCUCUAACAAUUCUUUUAUGAAACCAAAAGGUCAACUUUGGACAUUUGAGUCCCCACUUGGUGAUAGGGCACAAAUUGACUACCUCAUCUUUCGAAAGAAAUGGCGCAAUAGUGUUAAAGACUCGGGAUCCUACUCUUCCUUUAGUUCUGUCGGCUCUGACCACAGAAAUGUAUCAGCUACCGUUAAGCUUAGUCUUCGCUCAUCCCAAAAAAACUAA